ACCCCACCCCAGAUUACGUAUAAUUCAUACUUUUUUAUCGGGAAAAGAGAGAAUUCUCCGAAGACAAGACUUCUCCUUCUCCAGAGAGAUUACAGUUACAUACACAAAACAACUAUAUAUAUAUGUAAUCUCUAUAUACGCGCACUUUCUCUAUCUAGGAUUUUGUGAUCUUCUUCUCAAGAAACUGGAACCCCAUGCAGCACACCUAUUAAUCUAAAGAGAACAUUAAGAAAUUUGGGUUUUUCUUUUCCGCAGCUAAUGGUAUUUGAGAAUGACGGGUCGAGAAGGUGGCCAUGUGGUGCCGGUAGAUGCUCCCAACGCCGUCUCCGUCUCCGUCUCCGUCGCCGGGUUCAAGAAAAAGGGUGCUGGGUCAAGAAGCUGGAUUUUAAUGGAUUCUUCGGGUCAAGAAAUUGUAUUGGAUGUUGAUAAAUACGCGAUCAUGCACCGGGUGCAGAUUCACGCUCGUGAUCUCCGCAUCCUCGACCCUCUCUUGUCUUACCCCUCAACUAUUCUCGGACGUGAGAGAGCCAUUGUUCUCAAUUUAGAACAUAUCAAGGCCAUUAUUACAGCUGAUGAGGUGUUGCUUCGCGAUCCAUCAGAUGAUAAUGUAGUUCCUAUAGUGGAGGACCUUAGAAGGCGACUUAAAUCAGUGAAUUUGAAUAGAGAAGAUAAUGGAGAUGGCAAUUUGGCAGUGCACAAUGAUGUUGAAACUGCUGAUGAAGAUGAUUCUCCGUUUGAGUUCCGAGCCCUCGAGGUGGCCUUGGAAGCCAUUUGCAGUUACCUGGCUGCCCGCACAAUAGAACUGGAGACUGCUGUUUACCCAGCUCUAGAUAUGCUUACAUCAAAGAUUAGUAGCCGUAAUUUAGAUCGAGUGCGUAAAUUAAAGAGUCAAAUGACAAGGUUGACUGCUCGUGUACAAAAGGUUAGAGAUGAGCUAGAACAGCUUUUGGAUGACGAUGAUGACAUGGCGGACCUUUACUUAUCUAGAAAGUUAGCUGCCGCGUCACCUUUGAGUGACUCAGGCGCAGCUAAUUGGUCCCUUGUGUCACCUAUGGUAGGCUCCAGGAUAUCUAGAGCUAGUAGGGCAAGUAUGGCAACAGUUCGUGGUGGGGAAGAAAAUGAUGUUGAGGAACUCGAAAUGCUACUUGAGGCUUACUUCAUGCAAAUUGAUGGCACACUCAACAAACUAACCACGCUUCGGGAAUAUAUCGAUAACACAGAAGACUACAUCAAUAUCCAGCUUGACAAUCACCGAAAUCAGCUGAUUCAGCUAGAGCUAUUUCUCAGCUCUGGAACUGUGUGUUUAUCCAUUUACUCGUUGGUGGCUGGAAUUUUUGGUAUGAACAUUCCAUAUACGUGGAAUGAUGAUCAUGGUUACAUGUUUAAAUGGGUGGUUAUCUUCACAGGGGUUCUUUGCUCAACAGUUUUUGUACUUAUAAUUUCUUAUGCUCGCUACAAAGGUCUUGUUGGUUCUUGAUUGAACGGAGAGGAUGCGAUGGAAGUUGAGUCAAUCCAAUGUAUAGAUGACUGCAAAUUUUUUUUAGCUAGCUUACCAUUUUGGGUUGUGGUGACUAUUAUAGUGAAUUCAUAAAGAAAAGCAUGCUAUUCUUUGAUUAUUUUUUUUUAAUAAAUUAUUAUUGCUAGAUGUAUAUACAGGUUCAAGGUUAA